AUGCUGGAAGAAUCCUACAACGCAUUUCUAUUGGGUAAGUUCAAGCAACUCUUCCCAAAAAUAGAAUUGGCCGUCUUUCUGGAGGCCAAUGAAAAACAAAGACCAACUGUUUUACGUGUAAAUCCACUCCUCACUAGAAGAAAGGAUUUGGCCUAUACUCUUAGCCAGAGGAAGGUCGAAACUGAAAAUUUGGAAUGGACAGACACUGCCUUGGUAGCAUUUAAGUCAGAUGUUCCCUUGGGUGCCACUCCUGAGUAUCUUGCUGGUCAUUAUAUUAUGCAAGGAGCCAAUUCUAUGCUUCCUGUCUUAAAUCUAGGAAAUAAAAGAAGGAAUGAAGGUGGUAGAUUUAUGUGCUGCUCCAGGGGGAAAGAGCACUCAUAUUGCUGCUAUUCUUAA